GAAAGCUACCAAGAACGGAGGAGCCUUGUGAAAUGAGCUGCAAACGUCUCACUAAAGUGUAAAUGACCGAAAGCACUGCCAAGGAUCCCUUCCUGGAGUCAGCAACUGGUUACGUGGCUUCAGACAGACUUGUCCUUAUUUAUUUAUUUUGGCUGUGCUGUGUCUGUUGCUGCGCGGGCUUUUCUCAUUGAGGUCAGCCAUGUCAUCUGAGCCUCCUCCUCCAUCCCAGCCCCCCACCCAUCAGUCCUCGGCCGGGCUGCUGGACACCCAACAGGCCCGGGAUCGCUCACCAUCCCCGCUACGGGGCAACGUGGUGCCGAGCCCACUGCCCACUCGGCGCACCAGGACCUUCUCAGCGACGGUGCGGGCUUCCCAGGGCCCAGUCUACAAAGGAGUCUGCAAAUGCUUCUGUCGGUCCAAGGGCCACGGCUUCAUCACCCCGGCUGACGGCGGCCCUGACAUCUUCCUGCAUAUCUCCGACGUGGAGGGGGAGUACGUCCCCAUGGAAGGCGACGAAGUCACCUAUAAGAUGUGCUCCAUCCCGCCCAAGAACGAGAAGCUGCAGGCCGUGGAGGUGGUCAUCACCCACCUGGCGCCGGGCACCAAACACGAGACCUGGUCCGGCCACGUCGUCAGUUCCUAGGAGUGGCCGGAGGCACCCUGGCCCACCCCCCCCACCCCCCGGGCUCUGGGGAGACCCCCGGGGCAGGAGGAGGCAGGACCAGACGGGAGAGGACAACUGUGCCGCUUGAGAUGGGGCAUCCGAAAGGGGGGGGGAGCGUGGUCCCUGUUAAGAGUCUCCUGGAGGAAGGGGUUAGAGAUGGGGGCAGGCACGGGGGUGCCCUCGGCCACCAGCAUAGCCUCCGACCACCGCAACCAACAUCUCACCAUCUGAAAAACAUUAAAAGCAUUGAAAAAGGA